GUUUGGCUGCUUGUCACCGACCAAAGAAAAGAAAAGACAAAAAGUUGUGAAGAAUCUGGCCGAAGUCAAAAAAAAUAUGUUGUACUCUUGGCAUCAAAUCAACAAAAUCAUGCCAGCCGAAUUUUAACGCAGAUCAGCGGAAUUUAUCCUCCGUUUUAGGAGGGUUCAGGGAUACAAGUAACAGCAUACGGAGCAAUGCCCACCAAAUAAUAAAAGUUAAAAUUUGCUACUACUUUGCCUUUCCAUAUACAACGUUUAUUAUAAACUGCAAAAUACUUAGAAAUUAACGAAUACAAUGGAGGAUGUUCGGAGCCGCGUAGGAGAAGUCGUGAACGCAAUGCAGUGAUAAGCGAUGGUAAAUGGAUAUAAAACAAUCAUAAGCUUAUAAGAGAUUAUAAUUACUAAUACCGCUCAGUUUGACCGUUUAUGUAUUUUUGAUAAUAUUGCAUUAAACCGUCAACUUCGCAGUCCAGCAUCAGCAUGGCCACCGAAAGUGGACUGCGGGUCGUUAGGCAGUACUCCGACGAAGGUCGAAAUAUGGCAAUGAGGGCAAUAAACGAUGCAAACGCCGAAGCUAGCAGCGCUGCCAGGAACGCAUGGUCCCAUGUGUUAGAGCUGGUCCAAAGACUGAAAGACACCGCCAGAGAGGUAGCUGACCCUACGAUAAUCUACGAACAGUUGCGGAUAUUAUUUCGGGAUGAAAUAUCCCGCAACAAUGCGUUUUUUAUUUUGGUUGGACUUGGUUUCGGUACGACCGGCGGUGUACUGUUAGGUGUCUGGUUAGCUAGGCCACAUUUAGCAGCACCAAUAAUGAAGUCGAUCGCCUGCACUUCCUUUCGUGAUCCGGAUAAUGUAGCGGUGUGCAAUACGCCUGUUCCGCAGUUUGAGUCUUCCUCCGAUAUUCUGGUGCGCGUUCGAGCAGCGGCUCUAAACCGCAUUGACCGUCGAAUAGCGUUUGGCUAUGGACGAACCCUACGACGGAUGAUUAAAAGCUACAGCGCCAGCUAUAACCCGGAGCUUCCACUGGUACUGGGUCGCUCGUGUGCCGGGGUUGUAGAAGCCGUUGGCAAAGGAUCGAAGAGCGGAAUAGAAAUAGGCGAUGAAGUGUGGUUAGCUACUCCGUGGUAUGAAUCGGGAGCGGCGGCCGAAUUUGUGGUUGUUCCAGAAACUCGAAUAUCUCGAAAACCAUUCCUCAUUGGAUUUGAAGGUGCUGCGAGCUUACCAUAUAGCGGUUGUAUUGCUUUAAGCCUGCUGGAUGCCCACGGUUUAACUGAGCACAGUAGCAAGGAAAAGCGGAUUUUGGUACAGGAUGCUUGCUCACCGGUUGGCUGUGUUAUAACGCAACUAGCGAAUAAGUGGGGCGCUCACGUAGCCGUUACAUGCCAUACGCGGUCAGCUCCGGUGAUCCAUGAACUGGGUGCCGGAGAUAUUAUUACCUUUGCCAAUGAGCACUUCCGUUCCAAUUUCAUCGACAUCAACGUGGAAAAGUCUAAUCUAAUCAACGAACUGACGGCUCGAGAAAAGUUCGACUACAUCUUUCUGACCACUCGCCUAGCGUACGAUCAUAAAUUUCUGACUAAAUUCCUAGCCAAAGGUGGCACCAUCGUAGAUACGGUCGAACCGGAGCUCGCAUCGGACGAAUUUGGCCCGCUGUCUAGGAUGCUGCUUAGUGUGCUAAUCAAAGUUCGGAAGUUGGCUGCCGUUAUCUUCCGAACGCAUCCGGACUGGGGCGGACCGCACCUGUGUCACAUGGUACUGGAACGAUUAGCCGGAUUCGUCAACGAUGAAACGCUGAAAACGGUUGUUGACAGAGUCUACACUCCAAACGAAGUCGAACGGGCAAUGGACCAUAUCUGCAGUGAGAAAAGUAUUGGCAGCACUAUCAUCACCUUCCGAUCGUAGAAGCAGCCGGGACAAGUAUCAGAUUUUGACGGAGUCCAUGAAAAAAACCGGGCACUACACACUUAACACAUGUUUCACGAAGAAUUUGUCGUGUUUUCACUGCUACCUACUAUCUGACUGUCUGUUAUUUUAUAUGAGCAAGAAAAACCUGUAUCAUAUUGUAACGAUUUUAUUAUCAAAGAUAUGGUAAAUUUUCGCGGUGAUUUUUCCGCUCCGCUUCGAUGCCUCGUGACUUCUCAUAUUCGUAUAGGUGUUUGUUUUUUGUUGCACAGUUUAGGAUACAUGAAAAGUGAAUUUACUGUUAGGUUAAAUGGGUUCGGACUUACGCAAGGUAAACUGUAACCCGUUGUAUGUUAAGUUUUUUUCGGAAAAAAUAUGACGAAAAUUCAUUAGAACAAUUUUGAAUUAACAAUAAAGGAAAAUCAAUUUUAA